UACAACAGACUUUACUCUUGCUAUGAAGGACUUCCAUACAAAGUUCACCAGGAGAAGGACCCUUCGGGCCAUCAGCGAAAGGCAGCGAGUGACCCUGGACGUCAUACAGAGGUGGGAGGUGCAGCACAUUGAAAUACAAGACACAACUCCUGUCACUGGUGUGCUCUACCUGGAUGGGAUGACAUCGCCUGUCAUUGAUAUUGCUGACCCUGCACAGGUUCGAGAGCAGCUGCUGGACAUGACGGAGCAGAAAUGCCACGUGUACCUCGGUGGGAUCCAGACCAUGCACUACAGAACAUUCGAAGACAAGAUAGGACUUCCAGGAAUGCUGGGCACUGUAGUAGGGGAUGUGAAACCCUUCUGUGGGAGCCGGAAGAUAGGACUUCCAGGAAUGCUGGGCACUGUAGUAGGGGAUAUGAAACCCUUCUGUGGGAGGCAGGAGGGAUGUGUGACAGUGUUUGGGAGGCAGGAGGGAUGUGUGACAGCAUCUGGAAUGUGCAGGCUGGGUGUUGAAAGCUAUGGGUUAGAGGGUUUGACCUCCACUGAAGUGUAAGGGUGUUGGAACUUGUUAGGGAAAGGAUGAGAAGAGAAUAAGAGAAUAAGAGCAGGCAAGGAUGGAGUGAUGGAGUCUGUGACGGAAGGGAUAAGAGGUGAAUGAGAGAAUUUGAACAAGUAAGGAUGGAAACAAAUGAAGGAUGGAGUGAUGGAGUGUGUGAGGGAGAGGAUAGGAAGGGAAUAAGAAGACUUAAACAUGCAAGGAUGGAAAUAAAUGAAGGAUGGAGUAUGUGAAGGAGACAAGAUGAGAGAAAGAAAAUUAGAACAUUCAAGGUGGAAACAGAUAGAGGAUGGAGUGAUGGAGUGUGUGAGGAAGAGGAAGAGGACAAGGGAAGAAUCAGAGGGUUGGAGCAUGGAUGGAGGAAAUACAAGGACAGGAAUAAACAGAUGGAUAAAUAGAUAGGGAAAGUAAAGGAGGCUUGGAAAAUAUGAUACUGUUGAGGAAAUGUAGGAGAGCUGGAAAGUACUUGAUAGAAUAAUGACAUUACAAAAAGUAAAUAGUGACGUGACAGAUCUAGUGAUAUAAAAGAAGUUGAAAAUGAAUGAAAAUAUUGAUGAUGCUAUUGUUAAUGAUGUCUUGAUUGUAAUGCAGCACAAUCUGCCACCAGGAAAGCCUUCAGGUUGUUGAGAAAUGACCCAAGAAUCUUCAGGGAGACUGCAUCAAACAGUAUGGUCAACGCUAACACCUAUAGAUAUACUCAAAACAGACCACCACCACCACCACCACCACUACCUAACGCUGUGUCCAGGCUGGAAUGUGUGACCUCUCUGCCAGGAAUGUCACCGUCCUCUCACACUCUGACACCAAGUACCUCACAACAACACCUGCAAUACUACGCCUCUGAGCCCCCCCCGGAGUGUGGCUACUGCGAGGCGCUGCUGGCCUUCACACUCCAUCCCCUGCGCCCUCCUGUCAUUACAUCGCCUUUCCAGCGAAGGCAUUACUGCGAUGGUUAUGCGGCUUUUGAGGGGAGUAGCAGCCGCCCAUCGCUGGGAAGGACGCGCCUCACCCUGGCGGCCCUGCUCGGUCCCUUCCACGACUCGCAGCGAGAGAGAGAGGUCGAGGUGCGGCGGUCUCGUGGCGGAAGCCUGAAGGAGGCGGUGAAGGAGUGAAGGUGUGAAGUGUGCAGCUUCCACUUCAUCAUCCCAUGAACAGCCCACAGGAAUCUCUACCAGCACCUGGUUAUUAAACAGUGUUGUCACGCCAGGCCCAAUGUACUCCAUUGCAAUCAGGGAGUCAAGCUUCACCAGGAAAAAGAGGCAGAGCGUCACCACCUUCAAGCCCCACAAGAGGUAUUAAGUAUCGUUGGGACAAAGCAAUCAGGGAAGAGUCAAGUUGCAGUAAGAAGAGUGUGUCAAGAAUUUCAAGCAGGAAGAACACGUAAAAUUCCCUUCAAGUCAUGGCGGGACCGACAGGCAACCUUCAACACUUGUGGAGGCACGAGAGCUGCAGGCAGUUUCACAAAGAAGAGGUUGCUCCUCACGCAAGUUGACGCAAGGACAUAAGAAUUGGCAAGUGUUGUUGCUCCCAGGCCCUGCUGCAAGAGUUCUCCAGUCCACUCCAGUCUGGGAAGGAAGAAUGUAGCAAGUCCUUCUCUUCUGUACUCAACAACCACCACCACCACCUUCAUUCAGGCUUGGGAUAAGUUUUGUACAUUCCAGCACUUCAGUAAUAAGGAAAAAAAGUGCCAUGUUUAUAUUAUUGUUGUGUAUUUAUUCACUCAACAUUCACAUUAAAACAAUAAACAUUCAGUAUACCAUCUUGAACAUAA